CGAGAGCAACAAGCCCGGUCCUCUUUCUGUCAUCCCCAGCCAGGCUUAGCUGCUGACAGCUGCUUUGGAACUCUGCUGCCAGGCCCUGGCUGGCUUGGCAACCUCUCUGCUUCUCGGCCACAGUUCUCCCAUGGCUCAGAAAGAAGAGGCCGCCGAGGCCGCGGCGUCAGCCUCCCAGAAUGGAGAUGAUUUGAAGAACCUAGAAGACGACCCCGAGAAGCUGAAGGAAUUGAUCGACCUGCCGCCUUUUGAGAUUGUCACUGGGGAGCGGCUGCCUGUCAACUUCUUUAAAUUUCAGUUCCGGAAUGUAGAAUACAGUUCCGGGCGAAACAAGACCUUUCUCUGCUAUGUGGUUGAAGCCCAGAACAAGGGAGGCCAAGUACAGGCAUCACGGGGCUACCUGGAGGAUGAACAUGCGGGUGCCCAUGCUGAGGAGGCUUUCUUUAAUACAAUCCUGCCAGCUUUCGACCCGGCCCUGAAGUACAACGUCACCUGGUAUGUGUCCUCCAGCCCCUGUGCUGCUUGCGCUGACCGAAUUCUUAAAACCCUCAGCAAGGCCAAGAACCUGCGCCUGCUCAUCCUGGUGUGCCGGCUCUUCAUGUGGGAGGAGCCAGAGGUCCAGGCCGCUCUGAAAAAGCUGAAGGAGGCCGGCUGCAAACUUCGCAUCAUGAAACCCCAGGACUUCGAGUACAUCUGGCAGAAUUUUGUGGAGCAAGAAGAGGGUGAAUCCAAGGCCUUUGAGCCCUGGGAGGACAUUCAGGAGAACUUCCUAUACUAUGAGGAGAAAUUGGCAGACAUCUUGAAGUAGGCAAAAGAGCUCAGCCUUCCGUCUGCCUGCUGCCACCCAGAGAAGCAGUGACACAGAUGGCAUCCAGGACAUGCCUGUCUUCCGAUUAUACUUGGAGUUGGACACUGGACAUCAAUCAAUUGUAUUGGACAAGACCCUCCCUCAGCGAACUCAAAGCGUACCUCAGACUGUCAUUCAUUCGACCAUGCCUUUUGUAAUAUGGCUACUGGGGGAAAGAAAAUUGAAGGCAAGAGAAGCAACUAUAUGUGGGCACCAGGUACCUGGGGGUGGAGGGUCUUGUUGCCUCUCCAGGGAUGGUACCUGAGACAAAGGUACAGACCUUGGAAAUACAUCAAGAAGUGUUUUGAAUUGAGCUGUUCUUUU